CCCGGAACUCAGAAUUGCACCCCAGCAGGACUGCAGCGUUCCGUUUCCUUUUAUUUUCUAUCUUGGCACCUCUUCUUCUUCUCCGUCUCACUUUCUUCAUGUCCACCAAGAACAAAGAGCCUGCCGACAUGUCCAAGCUCGCCCCCGGCCUCAAGGCCCUCAUCAACGCACCCUUUGCACGCGGUGGCCCGACACAAGCACCGUCGCAGAUCCGCGCCGUCUACGCAUCCAUAGCAAAGGACGCUGCGCAGCGAAACCUCGGCCCCAAACCAUGGGUUACCAUUUCCGCCGCUACGACAUUCACGCUCAACUCUCCCGACUCGCUGGCCGUUCUGCAGGAAGUCGCGACCGACAACACCAAGAACGCCGUCCAGAGCGCCGAGCUAAUUCGUGAAGUCGGCCUUAAAUGCAUCAGCUUCAACGGUAUACCGCGGUCCAUCAACUGUCUGAAUGCCUUUUAUGCAUCGCUGCCCAAGAAUGUAGCGGAUAGGCUCGAGACAAAGCCCACGCGAGCACCGACGACAAAUAAGCUUGCCGCUAUGACGACUCGCGGCCGCGGCAUGUGGGAUUCCGUGUACAAGCCGUUUGAGAAUAAGCUGUAUGAUAAGCUGGCUACGUCGCAUCCUGAUUUGCCUGUGCAUAUCUUGAACAGCCAUUAUGCGGGCCUGCUUUCGAAUCCAGAGGAGCGUGGGCAGCUUGCUGUGAUUGGAAGAAUCAUGACGAGUGUGCUUGCGAUUUCGUGCUUGCGUGCACAGACGGGUGUGGGACCUCAGGUGCUGUCGCAUGUGUUUGGCCUGCGUAAGGGUAUUGAGGAUGGCACGUACAAGAUGGAUAAUAUGACGCCUGAGGAGGAGGAGGCUGCAAGAUGGUUGGCGAGCGAUGAGGGCAGUGAAUGGAUUUUGGCGUCGGUGGAUAAGAUUGCAGAGGCGAUUGGUAGCAAUUUUGCACAGAGAGAGACUAAAUUGUAAAAAUACAUAGCAUUGCAUAGAUAUACAUACAAGGCAACGAUUUCAUGCUUACUUGAAGCCUCUCACUUUGAGGAUAUUCUAUUGAAGCCAUUUGCGUCGAGAUAUUUAUAUGAGGACACUUUCGUGCAGAUCUGUACUUAAAGAUAAUCACUUGAGGACUU